CAGAACCCACGAAGAAAAUAUUCUCCUUCAGAAGAAAAUAUUCUCCUUCAGAACCCACGACGGUGAAUUUACAGUCGCAACUCCACCCUCACACGCAAAUGACAAGUUUGUGACGAAUCAUAAUCAAAGGCCAAUUAGGUUCUUGGAGAAUCAUCGUUAAAGCGUUUCUCUCAGCUACACUCACGCCGUCACUACGAAACAUCGUCAAAGCAACCAACAUCAUUUCGAAUCUUGUCUGUUGAAGCCUGUUGUGAGACAAUGACUUCAUCGUAUGAGGAAAUUCGCCUCAAAAGAAUUGCAGAGAAUAAGAAAAAGCUGGAGGCUCUCAAUCUUCCUAAACUCUCUCAAUCCCUUCACAAAUCAUCUUCGUCUUCUUCCAAACCAUCAUCUUCUGUGAAGGUUCGUCCGAGGUUUGUACAACCUGGAGAGCUUGAAGUAAACAAGAAGCGCUUACGUUCAACUUCAACUCGCAAGUCGUCAAUAACCCCUCCACCAAUCGAAACUACAAUAAUUCCUCCGCCAAUCAAAACUGUAAUAACCCCUGCACCUAUCCAACCUGAAAAAGAUGUUAUGGUAGAAGAUGAGGAUGAAGAUGAUGUGGUGGGAGAUGAGAUUGAAGAUGAUGUGGAAGAAGAUGAGGCUGAAGAUGUUGUGGUAGGAGAUGAGGCUGAAGAUGUUAUGGUAGAAGAUGGGAUUGGAGAUAUUGUUAAAGUGGCUAAAUCUGUGUAUUGGGAUGUAAAUGUCAUCAAUGAGGAGGGUUAUGUUUCGAACACACGUUUAUGUGUGAAAGACUUGGUUGCGAAAUCAUUAGAGUCUGAUGGAACAUGGAUAAUGCUUGAAUUCGAUAAGGAUCAUUGUGCAAUAGGACCAGCUUCUGGUUUGUUAGCAGGGUAUUUGGGUGUAAUUGUUAGAAUGUUUAAAGACUUUCCCAUUAUGUUUGAGAGUUGGAGGGAUAUUCCAUUGGAUACAAAAACAAAGUUUUAUGAUUCAAAGAUAAAGCGCCAUUUUCUUGUUGAUGAUGGGCGUGACAAAGAAUUCGUACUUGCUUCUGCUGCAAGGAAAUGGAAGGAUGGCCGACAUCAUUUGUUUCGCCGAUUUUAUAAAUGGGAUCUCACUUUGGAGGAAAAUCUUCAAAAUUAUCCAAAAUGCAGAGGAAUUCUGAAAAACGAUUGGGCUAUUUUUGUUCAAUAUAGGCGAAAAGAAAAAACACAGAAAAUAGCCCAAAAAAAUGCUCAAAAUAGAGCAAAAUUGAAGGCUCCGCAUACACUCGGAUCUAAGUCGCUUGCAAGGAAGAAACAUGAGUUGGAAUUGAGAGAUGGACGAACAUACAGCAGAGGAGAAAUGUAUGCAGUUUCUCAUAAAAAAUCUGACGGGACUUUUGUCAAUGAAGAUGCAUACAACAAUAAUGAAAAAUUAGAAGCUGCAAUUAAGGAUUCCGUGUCUGAAAAUGAGGCAUUUCAAAAAGUUUUUGGAAAAGAAAAACAUGGAUAUGUUCGUAGUAUGGGGCUUGGAGUUACGCCAUCUCAGAUUAAUAGAUCUACGAUAUCAGCAUCUUCUGCAGAAAAUAAAAAAAUAAAGGAAAUGCAAGAAGAAAUUAAUGCACUUAAAGAAAAGAAUUCAAAAAUUGAUGAACUGAUGGAGGCAAUCGCACUCUUAACGCAAAGGGACAAUGCUAAGACAAAAGAAAUUGAACUCUUAAUGCAAAUGCAAAAUUCUAGUGGAAGACAGGGAUUGGAAUCACCCGCUGAUGGUAGACGUUCAUCUGAGUCUAGCUACCAUAUUGCAGAUAAUGGAUCAACAAGAAAGACAAAUUAGACUUUGCUAUGAAUUAAUGAAAUUAUGAACUUUCCUAUAUAUUUUUGACUUUAUGAUACUUAUUAUUAUAAUAUUAGGAUUUGAUAUGUUUUUCGGUUUUUUUUUGUAUUACAUGACUAUGGAACUCGUAUUUUAAU